CGGGACGGGACGGGACGGGCGAGCGGCGCCUCUGCCCCGGGCCGCCCGCGGCUCGGAGCCGCCCCUUCCACGCCCGUAGCGCCACGGAUGGAGCCGCAGUGCCCGGCUUGAGCGCGUCGGCGGGACCCGGAGCCGCUCCGCCGAGCCUGGGCGGGCGGUCGCAGCAUGGUGGACUAUAUUGUGGAAUAUGACUAUGAUGCAGUGCAUGACGAUGAGUUAACAAUCCGAGUUGGAGAAAUCAUCAGGAAUGUGAAAAAACUGGAAGAAGAAGGAUGGUUGGAAGGGGAGUUAAAUGGCAGAAGGGGCAUGUUCCCUGACAAUUUUGUGAAGGAAGUUAAGAAGGAUGUAGAGCCCAAGGAUGAUGCUGUGCCACUCAGGAGGGAGAAAUCUGGCAACGUAGCCAGCCUUGUGCAGCGUAUGAGCAGCUAUGGGCUUCCAGCAGGAGGAUUUCAGCCUCAUCCCCCGUCCAAAGGCUUCAAGAAGAGGUCCAAGAAGCGGCAGUGCAAAGUGCUCUUCGAGUACAUUCCACAGAAUGAGGAUGAGCUGGAACUCAAGCUGGGGGAUGUGAUUGACAUCAUUGAUGAGGUAGAAGAAGGAUGGUGGAGUGGAAUACUGAAUGGUAAGGCAGGGAUGUUUCCUUCAAACUUUGUGAAAGAAUUGGAAUCAAUGGAUGAUGGAGAAACACAGGAUGCUCUGGAUGACACAGAGCCUGUUUUCAAUAGUCCUACCUCACCUGUGACCUCUCCAGGAAAUGGGAGUGAACCUGCAUUGGGACCAGCACAGCCAAAGAAAAUCCGAGGUGUUGGGUUUGGAGAUAUCUUUAAGGAAGGCUCAGUGAAACUUAAACCAAGAUUAUCCAGUAAUGAAUCAGAAGAUAAAAAGCAAGAUAAGCUGUUACCUAACCAUCCUACUGGAACAAAGUUAAUUCAUUUUCCCAGCACAACAAAAGCUGAAAACACACCUGAAGUAAUAAAACCAGAAGCUGAAAGUAAACCAAAAGCCAAGGAAUAUUGCAGGACGAUAUUUUCCUAUGAUGGCUCAAAUGAUGAACUUAGCUUUAAAGAAGGCGAGAUCAUUCAAAUAAUCAGUAAGGACACUGGAGAGCCAGGCUGGUGGAGAGGAGAGCUCAAUGGUAAAGAAGGAGUCUUCCCAGAUAACUUUGCUGUUCAAAUACAAGAGUCUGAUAAAGACUUCCCUAAGCCAAAGAAACCUCCACCUCCAGUUAAAAGUCCAGCUGCAAGACCUGAAUUGCCAGCUGGAGAGAAGAAAUUCCUUUCUUUGAGGCCUGAAGAAAAAGAUGAAAAAGGAGCUUUGGAUCAGAAGCCUUUGAAGCCACAAGCUCCUCAAGUACCACCCAAGAAGCCUAUUCCUCCAAGCAAGACCAACAGCCUACUGAGAGCAGGGCUCCUGCACCCGAAACGUCCGGAGAAACCUGGUUUGCCAUCAUCUGCAUCCAAAAGUAAUGGAGAAAUUGUUACUCUUCGACCAAAAUCUGAAGUUGAGCCAGUAGCAAAACCAAAGUUAGACUCUGAACCGUUGCCACUCAGACCAAAAUCAGUAGAGGUAGAUUCACUUGUGGUAAAGAGCUCUAAAGAAUCAGAUCUGUUAAGCUUUGAUGAUGUAAUAGCUACCUCAGAUAAUCUGUCACACCCGACUGCGAACCGGCCCAAGAUGCCUGGUAGGAGGCUGCCUUCCCGUUUCAAUAGCAGUAGUCCUGCAAGUCAAAAUAUGGGUCCAGAAAAAAUUCUGAAGGUGCAGAAAGAAGAAGAAAGUGCCAAACCAAAGCCAGUUGAAACAAAGAAGCCAUCUGCAUUCAACCCACUGAUUCCACCUUCAUCUCAGAGACCAAGUUCUGUCAUACUCGACUUUUUACCUGGAGACCUCCAAAAUGAUGAAAAAAUUUCUGUGGAAGAGCUCAGGACUCAGAUUAAUGAUUUAAUGGGUUUAGUAGAUGCCCUGAAGAAAGAGCAUGGGAGAGAACUGGAAAAACUAAAGAAGGAUUUGGAAGAAGAGAAACUGUUGCGAAGCAAUCUGGAGCUUGAAAUAGAAAAAUUGAAGAAAGCAGUGAUGUCUACAUGAGACAGCUAUGGACUCAAUGUUUUUAACUCGCCAGGAAUUCAAAACUGAACACAAGGAGAACUGACUCUUAUUUCAUUAUAAUGGAUGCUCUGGUGUUCUACAGUCUUAAAGAAAAAAAUAUAGUAAAAAAAAAGGAAUAUAGUCUUAUAUUCAGAGAGAUAAGAAAACAAAAAAGAAUAAUGGUGUAAUUUUUUUGCCAAUAUAAAAGAGGCCUUAUUUCUUACUGUGCUGGAAUUGCAGACCUUAUUUUUUUGGUUUGCUUGAAAAUACUACUGAAUCUGUAUAGAAUGGAGAAGGAAUUCUUAAUAGAUUUUUAUUGAAUACCUGUAGCUUAAUUUUUAAAGAGAUCUAUACUAUAAAUAGGGUGAUCUGUCUUUGCAACUAAUCUGUAAAAUAGUCUGCUGGAAGGGAUGGAAUGACUGUAUUGUAAUUGUAGUCACUACUUUUCUCCUACAUGCAAAAGGGAAUAUAUAAUAUUUGUAUAAUUUUGGCAGUCUUACCCAGGGUUAUGCUGUUGUGCCUGUCUGCAGUGAGAGUACUCAAUUUAUGAACAGCAUAGCAUUAAUCAUGAGAUAGGAAUUUGUUAGUGCAAUGAAGUAGGUGAAACUCCUAUGCAUUGUAGAAAGAUUGAAUGAUCUAAUUCCAGUGGUUCAGCAGAACGGUUUGUCACUUGCACUAUUGGAUUAAAAAGGGAUUUAAGACUUAAUCGUGAAAUCAUGACAAAAUUAACUGUUAAACCACGAAAUGCAAGGAAUACAGAAACAAAGCAAGACUUCAGUCUUAACCUGUUGUGCCUAAAAUAUUACAGUGUAGAGCAUGAAAGAGUAAACCUUAAGUCACAGCAUCUGUACUUCUGUGUUUCUGAAGUCAUCAGUCUUUCUAGUGGUUCAAGUAUGCAUCUUGAUUUGUUUUUACAAUAGUCAAGUUUUGUUUAUGAUAUCUCCAAAUAAAUCCCUUUGGAACUUUGAUAAUCUCAAAAGCUCUCAAUAUUUAUAUAUUUAUGCCAUAAACUUUCUCAGUAUAUUGUGUACCUCUAAGCUUAGUAACAUCUUUGUAUUUUAAUACGUGAUUGGAACAAUUGCUUUGACAUCAUUGUGCUGGUGUCCAAGAUGGUGUCUUUACUUUAUGGAAAAGAAGUUAAGAUCUUGUGGGUUACUAUUGUCUUUAACCCCUGGGCUCAAAACUUGCACCAGAAUAAUUCACAAAUAAUAUGCAAAGUCAUGGGAGACAAUGGUAUUUAUUGCUGUGUUUGUCUGAUUAAAGAAUUAAAAAACAUACAACUUUAGAAAGCCAGUCAAAUUCAUUAUCUCUGUUAAUCAGCUCAUCUCCUUUAGGUCUGCUAUAACUUAAAAGACAAAAGCAUGCCACAUAGUUUGGCAACUUCACCAAUAAAAGAAAGUAAUUAAGCUUCUCUUCAUGGGAGUAGUCAUAAAUACAGUAAUUAUUCAGUAUGUCACUUUUUCAAGUGACAUGGAAGUGUUACUUCUUGAGAGUAAUCCCACACCAUGGGAUUCUUCCACAGUUUGUGGAAGAAGUUUGUGGAAUGUCAAAAAGUUGUUAAAAAGUUAAUUGGGGAAUGUUUGUCCAUUACUGAUUCAAAUAGUUAAUGAAAUCUGAUCAAUACACUAUGCAGUUAUGGAAUAAUAUCUGCUAGUCAAAUUGCUAGUAGGCUGAUUCACUCAAUGCUUUUAACCUUGAAUUGCCCAAGUGCAUCACAAAUGAAUUGAGGAAUCAUGUGCUGCUCAUCAGACACUAAAGUCUUGCCUGGAAUUCAUGCCUGUAAAGCAGGUGAUGAAAAACAAGAAUUGAGCCUAAUGGAGGACCCAGUUUUGUUAUACAAGCUCUUCACUGUGAUUGGAGCACGAAACAAAUCUUGGAAGGGGUUGCUCUGCAGAAAGAGCCCUGUGCCCUGUGUGUGAGCUUGCAGAGGAUGAACAGAACAAGACAAUCAGUUAAAGCCACAAAUGAGAGGUGUUUGUUAUUUAAUGGCCUUUGUUUGCUAUAGCAAUAAAUGACCCAAGUGCAAUGACUUGAUUUAAUAAACCCUCUUUUAAAAGUCGCUGCUAUGAGUAUUUGUAGCCAUAAGGAAGUUGUCCUGAUGUGUGUCUGUCUUGUCUUCAGCUAGUGUUACAUACUGGAGUGGAGGGGGAGAGCGUAAUGGUUUUGGAAACAUUCCACAGUACAAGUUCCUGAGAGCAGUGUGCUUCACUGACUUGUCUACUGGUGCUGUAAAAUGAUGCAUGCUAUCCAAACUCAGCAAAUAAAAUGAGUAUAAAAACCUCUUCAGGUAUCUGCUCAGUUCUGUUCAGGAUUGUCUUGAAUGCCCUUAAAUUCUUUCCAAGGAGGAGUGUGGGGGGUGGAAGCAAAGUUUUUAUAAUAGUCCCCUUUAAAGUUUUUAAAGAUUUCCAUUUACUCACUGGGAUGCUCUGGCUCCUUAUUAUCAGGGUGGCUUAGGAUCCAAACUAUUGGAAAGCUCAAUUUUCCUUUGCAAAUGUAACUGGGAGUUUUUAACUUCUCAGGAUUUUAUUUAUUGCCUAUUUUUUUUCUUCUUGUCCCAUAUUGAACUGACCUUACAGUGCAUCUUCAGAGGCUUUAUUUAAGAUCCCUCUUGCCACUCAGUAACAUGGAUAAAUGCAUGUUUGAAUCCCUUCUUAAGUAUAUAGUGAACUGAAAACUGAGGGUAUGGCAUGUUUAAUAGGGAUAUCGAAGAGGGAAUAGGCACAUAAAGAGCAGAACAGCAUUUUUAAACUGCCAGGCUUUCAUUCAGUCUUAAGAUUCUCUAAAAAUCUUUGGUAGUACACAAGGUAUAGUUUAAAAAAAGCAAAAUUACAGGUGUACUUACUUGAUUUUUUUUCCACAAAAAUGAAUUUUUUUCAUUAAUAUUAAUGAAAGUGAAUUUCUGAUGGAAACGCGAUUAUUGCAAGAUUUGAAUUGUAUAGCAAAGUAUCUGUUCAACUUUUAAAUAAAUACUUUGUAUUCAUUAAGAUA